AUGAAGAAGCUUCCAGGCAACCUGUUGAUCGAGACGGCGUCGAGGCGGGGCAGCGUGGCUGAUGCGCAGCGCGCCUUUGACACCAUUCCCGCCCCCAACCUCUACUCGUGGAACCUGCUGCUGGCCGCAUAUGCCCAGAAUGGGCACCUGUGGCAGGCGCGCCGCGUCUUGGCCUGCAUGCCCGCACCCAACGUCGUCUCGUGGAAUGUGCUGCUGUCCGCCUGCUCCCGCCGCGGCCGCCCAGACGAGGCGCGGCAGCUCUUCCACUGGAUGCCGCAGCACGACACGGUGAGCUGGAACACGGUGGAGCAUAUGUUCGCGGCCAGUGGCCACCUCCGCGACGCGCGGCAGACGUUCGACGCCAUGCCCCAGCGCAGCGUCCUGUCGUGGAACACCCUCGUCUCCGCCUACGCCUUCCAGCGCCAGCUGCGGGACGCCCGCCUUGUCCUCGACCUCAUGCCCGCGCGCAACUCAAUCUCCGUCAACACUAUGAUCAAGGGCUACGCGUCUGCCGGCGCACUGCACGCCGCGGCGCUGCUCUUCUCUGCCAUGCCCAAUCGCGACCUUGUGUCGUGGAACUCGAUGCUCACCGCCGCCAGCUGCUGGCAGCAGCACCAGCGGCUGUGGCAUCGGAUGCCGCGGUGGGACGUGGUGUCGUGCAACGCGCGGAUCCAGGCGUGCUUGGGCAGCAGCCUUCACGCGGACGAGGGGGCCGCCACCUUCUGGGCCAUGCCUGGCAGGGACGUGGUGAGCUGGAACACGGCGGCGGCGGGCUACGCGCGGCUGGGCCGCCCCCGCCACGCCCGCCGACUGCUGGAGCUGAUGCCGCAGCGGGACCUUGUGUCCGCCAACUGCUGGCUGCAUUACUGCUGCCACACACCCGGCGCCACCAAGCUCGGCUUCGAUGCCAUGCCCCACCGCGACAGCGCGUCGUGGAACUCGAUGCUCGCCAGCUGCGAGCUGCCGGUCGCCGACGAGCUCUUCUGGCGGCGGAUGCCUGCUUGGGACGUGAUCUCGUGCACGCUCAUGGUGGCGGCCUAUGGCAGGAGCCUGGGUGGCAUGGACGCCGCGGCCCGCGCGUUUGCCGCCAUGCAGCACAGGGACGUUGCGGCGUGGACCGCCAUCAUCUCGGCGUAUGCCACGCACGGGGACUGCGCCCGUGCGGUGGCGCAGUCGUGGAGCAUGGCAUUGGACGGGCUGGAACCCAACCACGUCACUUACACUGUCCUUCUCCACGCGUGUGCGCAGGCGGGGUUGCUGGAGCAAGGCGCUGCAUGCUUGGCCGCCGCCGGUGUCACCGUUGCGGACGAGCAGCACUACUCGUGCUGCGUCGACAUGCUGGCCCGUGCUAAGCAGCUGGCCGCCGCCGAGGAGCUCAUCGCCGCCAUGCCCGUCCCUCCCACCGCUGUCACCUGGACGGCCAUGCUGGCUGCAUGUCGUGUCCAGGGCGAUGUGCAGCGGGCCGACACUGCCGCAGCACAACUCCUCGACCUCGACCCCGCCAGUGCGCUGCCAUACGUGCUACUCCUCAGCGUCUACACCGAGGCAGGCCGGACGGAGGAAGCAACGGCAUUGAGACGGCUCAUGAGCCGCAGGGGAGUGAUGAAGAUGGAGCCCGGCACCACUAUGAUCCUCCUCGACACCUAA